UUCGACCUGAACCAUGCCCCUCUGUCUCACUCUAAGGAAUCAACUAACUAACAUGAUAUACAAUUUUAUUUUGAACGUAACACGUUCUUUGAUAAACCCCAAGGAGCAGAGGAGGAUGUUAUGAAGUCGAAGAAAACUUUCCGGACCCAGGCAAUUGUGAAUCAGAAUGCGGAAACCGAGCUAAUGUUAGAGGGCGAUGACGAUACUGUCAGUCUAUUACAAGAAAAAGAGAUCGACAAUCUGGCAGGGCCUGUUGUCCUAAGUACUCCAGCUCAGUUAAUCGCACCAGUAGUCGUUGCUAAAGGAACCUUGUCUAUCACCACUACAGAAAUCUAUUUUGAAGUAGACGAGGAUGACCAAGGGUUUAAAAAAAUCGACCCAAAACAAAAACAUGUCCAGCAGUAUCCAAAAAGAUGGAACCAGUCAGCUUGUUCGUCUAAGAAUUCACGGUACACAAAACAUCAACAGCCACAACUGAACGACAAAUGCAAGUUUUAAUAUGUAACAAAAUAAAAACCACUUAUUAAAUAUU